UUCAUCCGCGGCGAAAUGGAGUUUCUGGAGCAUGAUUUGCCUAGUAGUGGGCUUAAUAGCACAUCAAGAUUUUAAGAUUAGUUUUGAGUUCUCCGUUCGUCCUCCUCCGCCGGCCGUUCAUAAUGUUGAAUCCUCCAUUCCUUCUCCGCCGGAUAAUUUUGAGUUCUCCGCUCCUCCUCCUCCGUCGGCCGUUCAUAAUGUUGAAUCCUCCGUUCCUUCUCCGCCGGAUAAUUUUGAGUUCUCCGCUCCUCCUCCUACGUCGGCCGUUCAUAAUGUUGAAUCCUCCGUUCCUUCUCCGCCAGAUGUCGACCUGAGUUUCUUAGAAGAUGUGGACAUGAGUUUCUUGGAAGAUGCCAAGUUUGAGCCUUAUUAUUAUAAUCGCAGCAUCGAUAAGUUCAGGCAGGAAAAUGGCAAGUUUGACAAACUCCGCUCUGAAAAACUCAAACUUUGUUUGAUUUUUUCAGAUCUAUUAAUUGAUAAACCACAUCAAUAUGUUAUGAUUAAUUUUGCAUCAGCAUUGAAGAAGAUUGGCCAUGAAAUCCAGGUGUUCACACUUGAAGAUGGUCCUAUGCGUUCUGUGUGGGGAGAAGAUUAUGGAAUUCCUGUCAGAAUCAUACCACGAUCUAAUAAUCUAAAUUGGCUAAAGUUCGAUGUUGUGUUUCUGAACUCAUUCGAUGUUAUGUUUCGGAACUUAUUGUCAACUAUGGCCAUCACGUUUAAACUUAGACACGAAGAAUCUUUUAAAAGUGUGCCUGUUAUAUGGACUGUUCGUGAACGUGCACUUGCCAUUCGAUUGGAAGCAUAUAGCUCAACUACCAACGUUGAUGAUUGGAGAAAACUUUUCAAACGUGUCAAUGCUGUUGUGUUUCCAAACUACAAUCUGCCGAUUGCAUAUUCAAAAUUUGAUACUGGAAACUACUUUGUGAUUCCAGAGCUUCUUACUGAAUUACAAAAAGAUGAAGAAGAUUUUGAAGAUGAAGAAGAUGGUGUUGACGUUCUGACGAGGGAUUUGGCGAGGGAAAUGACGUGGGAUAUAUAUCGAAAGAUAGGGUGCCGCCCAGCACACACCAUGAUUACCAUUGUGGGAAGCCAACAAUAUCAAUACAAAGAUCUUCUACGUGAUCAAGCUCUUGUUUUACAGGCUCUAUUACCAGUUUACAAAGCUAAUACUGAAGUUGGGUGUCCAAAAUUUAUCAAAAUAGUUGUUUUUGGUGGACCUUCAAUGAUAGAGACUGUUGCAUUGAAGUUGAAGUAUCCAAUUGGAGCGGUGAAGCAUAUGGGUCCAGACGAAGAUGCUGAUACCAUUUUGAGAUUGAGUGAUUUUGUGAUAUAUGCAUCAUUCCAUGAAGAAGAGCAGGCUUUCCCGUACACUCUCCUAAAAGCAAUGCGUUACCAGAUCGCCGUUGUAAUAGCUCCAGACCUGCCAAUUAUCAAGAAACAUGUUGUUGAUGGAGUCAGUGCGUUCCUUUUUCCAAAAAAUAACGUCAAGGUUUUAACUAAGAUGAUGAUAUUUUAUAUGGAAGAAAAUGAAGAAAAUGAAGAUCGAGUCCAAAAUGUUACAGUUGAAGGAAGUUUUAUAGCCGAGGACCAUAUGAUGUCAAAGAGUAUCGAAGGGUAUGGUUUAUUAUUGGAAAAUUUAUUAUUGGAAAACAUUAUCAAGAUUCCAACCGUUGCAGCAAAGUCUCCCCCUUUCCCUACUCCCCGUCCCUAUCACGGUUUUAGUUUCGUGUAGGACUCGAAGCUCAUAGGAUUUGUAGGACCUAUCUUUUUUUUUUUUAAAAAAAAAGUUGAGAAACAAUUCAACCAUACUAAGGCGAUUCCCAUGUAUGUGGUGAACAACAUUAUUAUGGAUAA